CUCGUUGAAUUUUGGAAAGUUAAUUAAACUAAAGAGGAGAAAAAAUAGUGAGCUCGACCGGAACCUGCUUGUUAUUUAUCCUAUCAGACAAAUGGCUUAAAUGGCUUGAUUGAACAGAAAAUGCCUACACAACCUUGUCUACGUAGCAGAUUAAGCUAAAGGUAUUACACGUGCCUAGAUUAGAUUAGAUUAAUUAAGAUAUUUGCUGGUAUAUAUGCCAAAUACAUAGAUACGCAAGUAGUUAUCUUCCAUUUCCAAAACUGCUUCUAAAUAUAUAUAGUAUUAAUCCACAUAUCUUAAGGAGAAUUGUCAUAUUCUGAAUAAUAAAUAAGUAUUCGUCUAGGUCUUUUAUACCAAUAAGUUAAUUAAUCGACUUGUUUAUAACUCAGGCAAUUUCACUCAAAUUAAGACUUAUUUUUCUUAGAAAAUAGCAAGUUACCGAUAAGUAGACAUCCAUGAAAUGAGUGCACCUGUCAAGAAAAUAUGGGAAUACUUUUCAUUUCACAUUUACUACUCUUUCACAUAUGUAUGACCGUCCUCAAAUGCGAUAACUUCAUAUCAUUUCGACAAGAUGUCCGAGCUUGUUUGGCACACCUUAUCGCUUAACUUUCGAGCAAAUAAGUACUUGUGGAAAACCUCUUUCCAAUGGGAUCCCAUUCAACGACAAUUCCUCCACAUUCCUGGAACAUUCCGAACCUUCUUCUGGUGGUAUUUUGUCGUGUUUUUCAUCAACAUUUGCAUCACUUUGAAUUGCUGUGGAUACAUUAUCCUGGGACAGUUGUACAAAUUUCAUCCUCGCAUCCCAGUUUGGGUCACGGUGCAAUAUUUUAUAGCGGCAGCAGGGAUUUGGUUGGCUGGGGGGGUUGCAAUUUUUUUCAUAUUCUUUGGUGACCAUACCGUCCUUAUAGUCAAUACGAUAAUUCAGGUUUACGAAGACUUUGAGGACUCCAUCAAAGGUCGUAAGCUUAUCCAAAAAAAGAAAUGGAAGGGAAUUCAGAUUCCUCCAAUUUUGUUAAAUCCUGAAGGAAAAUUGGACAAACCAGGGCUGGUGCUAUUUUCCAUUCUUGCCCCACUGCCUUUCAUCCCUCUCCCAAUGACUCUUGUUGACGUAUUUGUACUGAAGAUGGAUGUGUACAUAUUCGUGCUUGAGAAGAUUCUACCUCAUGAAAUUGCAAACUCUUUGCUCCUAAUACCAUUAAGAGCCGGGCUUCUUUACAUCGUGGCGGCGGAAGUCGCGAGGAUAGUGCCAUUCCUCUUGUACGUCCUUGCAAUCCCGGCGCAACUUAUCAUAAAAUCAGUGGACACUUUGCUCAACAUCAGACUUGAGCCUGCAACAACUCGAGCCAGAUGGAAUGAAACCUUAAACUAUUUCAACCAGCUUAUAAUAAUGAAUCGUGUAGUUGAAAGCUACUUAGCCACAAUUGCCUUCAUUCUCAUGGGGUCAGGUUUGGUGUUAUCAUCCGCUCUCAAUUUUGCAACAAUUCGUCUCUACGAUAUUGGGCUGCCAUUCGUCUUCUACCUCACGUACCCCUUCUUCGCUGUGUGCGUCUUAACCAUAAUCUUGUCCUUACUUCCGGUUGGGAUUCGCAUCCAUGAGCGUUCCGCGACAACGUUGGUCAAAUGGAGACAAAUCCUUGGUGCGAGGGAUGCUCAGUUCGCAAAAAGACUGAGGGGAACAAGGCCCCUCAUUUUUUAUGCUGGACUCAAUGCACACAAUUUCUACAGUAUCCAGAAAUCAUUAAUGACUACUUAUAUCAUGGCGAUUGUGGAUUACACGAUAAAUCUGCUUGUAUCGUUUCCAACCUUACACUUCUAAUGCUAGAUACGCUGUAAAGUAUCCGGUAGAGUCACAUACAUACAUACAUACGUGCAUCGCACAUGUAUUUAUUCACGUCCGUUUGAUCGUCAGCAUGCCUCGUAAUUUAGCACUAUAUGUACAGUCGGUUUAUUUACCAUACGACCCUCGACGUCACCACUGCAAUGCUAUUAGUAAUGAGAGUGAUGACGUCGAGGAUCGUAUAGUUAAAAAAACAGGAGUAUGUAUGUACAUAUCUACGAUAUUAUUUAUGUUAUGUAUGAUGAAUUUUUGUAAAACAAGAUCACAUUAAGAGGAUAUAAAAACCUUAACAUAACGAACAGAUAACAUAUGCAUAGACACAUAUGUAAGCAUAACACUAUCACUGUGCUUAUCACAUGUAGGUAAGCACAACGACGUCAAAACAUGAAAAUCAAUAGUGACCUCUAUGCAUAAUAUAUAUUUACCUGGAUGUGUCGUAUUACCAAAAAUGUUUAGCUUGUAUACAGUUUUAUUUUAAGGUGUGGUAGGUCACGGGAUAUGUAUAUAGCUCGCAGUGGAUCAUUUUUUAAGUGGACCAUGGGGCAUGGACCACUUACUUCGGAUGCAAUUUCAGGAUGUAAUUCGCAAUCUUCUUUGUCAAUCCAGUUCAGUAAUUUUUAAUGAAUAUUUACGAAUUAAUUUUAGAAAUUGGGACCAGAGAGAAUUAGAUAUUGAAUAAAAAGAAUAUUUAAAUUAAAUGUUCCAUUUAAAAUGGGUAGGAAUUUAGUUUAGAUUGAAAUUUCUAAUUUAGUACUUAAAUGAAUAUAAUAAAGCAUUAUUAUUGCAAAUUUAUUGCAUGUUAUCAAUAAUUUGUGGAGUAUUUAUGUAUGUAUGUAAAUAAAAUAAAACAAUUUGCUCCCAGUUUUUUUUAAGUUUUUAAAGAUUUGCUUGUGGGUUUAUUAUCUUCUACGUCUUGAGGUGAGGAAAGUACAGACAAUAAGUUUAAAAUGAAUACGGAAGAACAAAGAAAUAACUGACAUAGUUGUCAAGAGCUAGGUGAGUGGUGGUGGUUUUAUUCGUUGUCAUGACGACG